GGGAGAGGAGCGCACGCUUUGCUUUCUUGUUGGUACCCAAUAACAUCAACCAAAUUACAGACAUCCCAACACUUUGCCCAGGCAGCCUGCUGAGCAAGGCAAUUCAGCCAGCAUGGCUGUCUCCUUGCCACCCACUCCGGGACUCAGUUCUACUCCGGAUGAAAUCCAGCACCCACAUAUUAAAUUUUCAGAAUGGAAAUUUAAGCUGUUCCGGGUGAGAUCCUUGGAAAAGGCGCCCGAAGGAGCUCCAAUGGAAAAGAAAGAUUUUUCUGAGGGGAAACUCUCUCUGGAGCAAUCUCCUGCAGCCCUGGACAAGCCUGAGGCUGAGAAGCCGGCCUUGACACAACCAGCAUUAAAGCCUCACCCUAAGUUUUUGAAGAAAUCCUAUGAUGACGAAGGGAAGGCAAGAGAAAAAGCAAUCCACCAAGCCAACCUUCGGCAUCUCUGCCGCAUCUGUGGGAAUUCUUUUAAAAACAUGGAGCACAGUAGGAGAUACCCAGUCCACGGGCCCGUGGAUGGUAAAACCCAAGUCCUUUUACGAAAGAAGGAAAAGAGAGCCACUUCCUGGCCAGACCUGAUUGCCAAGGUUUUCCGGAUCGAUGUGAAGGCAGAUGUUGACUCGAUCCACCCCACUGAGUUCUGCCACAACUGCUGGAGGGUCAUGCACAGGAAGUUCAGAAGUGCCCCAAGUGAGGUCUACUUCCCGAGGAAUGCAGCCAUGGAGUGGCAGCCCCACACAGCAUCCUGUGACAUCUGCCACCAUGCCCGUCGGGGACUCAAGAGGAAGAGUCAUCAGCCAAACGUGCAGCUCAGCAAAAAACUCAAAAUGGUGCUUGACCGAGCAAGACAAGUGCGUCAGCGCAAGAAGAGAGCUCAGGCGAAGAUCAGCAGCAAGGAAAUGAUGAAGCAGAUUGCCACCUGCAGUAAGAUUCAUCUUAGCACCAAGCUCCUCGCAGUGGACUUCCCGGCACACUUUGUGAAAUCUAUCUCCUGCCAGAUCUGUGAGCACAUUCUGGCUGACCCAGUGGAGACCACCUGUAAGCAUGUGUUUUGCAGGAUCUGCAUCCUCAGAUGCCUCAAAGUCAUGGGCAGCUAUUGUCCCUCUUGCCGAUAUCCCUGCUUCCCUACUGACCUGGAGAGUCCGGUGAAGUCCUUUCUGAGCAUCUUGAAUUCCCUGAUGGUGAAAUGUCCAGCCAAAGAGUGCAACGAGGAGGUCAGCUUGGAAAAAUAUAAUCACCACGUCUCAACCCACAAGAACUCAAAAGAGACUUUUGUGCAUAUUAAUAAAGGAGGCCGGCCCCGCCAGCACCUCCUGUCACUGACCCGGAGGGCUCAGAAGCACCGUCUGAGGGAGCUCAAGCUGCAGGUGAAGGCCUUUGCUGACAAAGAAGAAGGUGGAGAUGUCAAGUCCGUGUGCCUGACCCUGUUCCUGCUGGCACUGAGGGCAAGAAAUGAGCACAGACAAGCCGAUGAGCUGGAGGCCCUCAUGCAGGGACGUGGCUCCGGCCUGCAGCCCGCCGUGUGCUUGGCCAUCCGUGUCAACACCUUCCUCAGCUGUAGUCAGUACCACAAGAUGUACAGGACAGUGAAAGCCAUCACGGGGAGGCAGAUUUUCCAGCCUUUGCACGCCCUUCGGAAUGCCGAGAAAGUCCUUCUGCCGGGCUACCACCCCUUCGAGUGGCAGCCACCUCUGAAGAACGUGUCUUCUAGCACCGAUGUGGGCAUUAUCGAUGGACUGUCUGGACUGUCCUCCUCUGUGGACGAUUACCCAGUGGACACCAUUGCGAAGCGGUUUCGCUAUGAUGCAGCGCUGGUGUCUGCCCUGAUGGACAUGGAAGAAGACAUCUUGGGAGGCAUGAGAGCCCAAGACCUCGAUGACUACCUGAACGGCCCCUUCACUGUGGUGGUGAAGGAGUCGUGUGACGGGAUGGGAGAUGUGAGUGAGAAGCAUGGGAGCGGGCCAGCAGUUCCAGAGAAGGCGGUGCGGUUCUCCUUCACAGUCAUGAAAAUUACCAUAGCACACGGCUCGCAGAGUGUGAAGGUGUUCGAGGAAGCCAAACCUAACUCUGAACUGUGUUGCAAGCCCCUGUGCCUUAUGCUGGCAGACGAGUCCGACCAUGAGACCCUCACAGCCAUCCUCAGCCCUCUCAUUGCCGAGAGGGAGGCCAUGAAGAACAGCGAACUGAUGCUUGAAAUGGGAGGCAUCCUCCGGACUUUCAAGUUCAUCUUCAGGGGUACUGGCUAUGAUGAGAAACUUGUUCGUGAAGUGGAAGGCCUCGAGGCUUCUGGCUCGGUCUACAUCUGCACCCUCUGUGAUGCCACCCGCCUGGAAGCUUCUCAGAACCUUGUCCUGCACUCCAUAACCAGAAGCCACACGGAGAACCUGGAGCGCUAUGAGGUCUGGCGUUCCAACCCGUUCCACGAGUCCGUGGAAGAACUCCGGGAUCGGGUGAAAGGGGUCUCAGCCAAGCCCUUCAUUGAGACCGUCCCUUCCAUAGAUGCGCUCCACUGCGACAUUGGCAAUGCGGCCGAGUUCUACAAGAUCUUCCAGCUAGAGAUAGGGGAGGUGUAUAAGAAUCCCAGUGCCUCCAAAGAGGAAAGGAAAAGGUGGCAGGCUACCUUGGACAAGCAUCUCCGGAAGAAGAUGAACCUGAAACCAAUCAUGAGGAUGAAUGGCAACUUUGCCAGGAAGCUCAUGACCAAAGAGACGGUGGAAGCCGUGUGUGAACUGAUUCCCUCCGAGGAGAGGCACGAGGCCCUGAGGGAGCUGAUGGACCUCUAUCUGAAGAUGAAACCCGUGUGGCGCUCGUCGUGCCCCGCUAAAGAGUGCCCCGAGUCUCUCUGCCAGUACAGUUUCAAUUCGCAGCGGUUUGCAGAGCUCCUCUCUACCAAGUUCAAGUAUAGAUAUGAGGGCAAAAUCACCAAUUACUUUCACAAAACCCUGGCACACGUCCCUGAAAUUAUUGAGAGGGACGGCUCCAUCGGGGCCUGGGCUAGCGAGGGAAACGAGUCAGGCAACAAACUGUUCAGGCGCUUCAGGAAAAUGAAUGCCAGGCAGUCAAAGUGCUACGAAAUGGAAGACGUCUUGAAGCAUCACUGGCUGUAUACUUCCAAAUACCUUCAGAAGUUUAUGAAUGCUCAUAAUGCAUUAAAAAACUCUGGGUUUUCCGUAAACUCCCAGGGAUGUUUAGAAGAGGACCCGUUAGGCCUGGAGGACUCUCUGGAAACUCAAGAUUCAAUGGAAUUUUAAGUAGGACAGCCGCUUAUGAGGUGGUUUUGCAAAUGAGUUUUCCUUUGGGUUGCAUUGAGACCUUCUCCUAGCACCCUUCGCUCUUGUGUGCAGGGGGUCAUCCACCAAGCGGUGGUCGGUGGGAGAGGCUGCAGAUGCUGAAACCAGUCAGGAAUGGAUAAUGGAUGUGCUGAUUGCUCGCACCAUUUAGGGAGCUCAGAGAAGCAACAGGAGAAAUGGGUUAUCUGAAAAGCUCAGUAGCUCAGGAUAGGAGUAACUGCAGGGGAGCAGAGAUGAACACAGAUACGUGCAUGUGUGAAUGAGGGACAUGAAAGUCAAAGCCAAGGGUGUCAAAGAGGAAUGACCAGAGAGGCCAGGGAAGGAACUUGUCUUGUGGUUUCCAUUCCCUCCUCUCCAUUUAUUAUAGUUUUCAUUGAGAUACAAGUGUUUUCUGUACCAAUAUUGUAGAAUUCUUUGUGUUACAAUUUUCACGUAUCUCAGCUUACUUUAUAAGAUCUGCAGAGCUUUCCAUAGUUCUCCAGUAAUAAUAAUAUCUUACAUUUGUGUGGCACAAUGGCCCUUACCGUGUUUUCAGCCUGUUUUCUCAUUUGAUACAUUUAUACAGGAAUACCCUACAUCCAAAUGAUUUUUUUUGGAAAAUUAGACCUUUUCUAGGUUUCAAUGAUGUGUCUACCAAAACCUUAAAAGUUUAGGCAGUCAUCUGCUGCCAUGGAUUUUUCAAUAAUGAAGCUGGAAGAAUACAACCGUUAGCUCCAGUUAGUUACUAAAUCAUCUAGAGACACAUGUUUACUUAGCUAUCAGGAGACAGGUGUCAUUUUUCUUUGUAACUUUUCAUUUCAAUUAAUUUAGUCUCCAAAUGUUUUGUCCUACAAUCUCAAAGCCACAGAGACUUUUAAAAUCUGGAUUUGCUCACUGUAUAAAAACAGAUUUAAUGUCUUGUUGAAAAUUUCUGCCAGAUUUUCUUUGCCUGAUACCUGGGUCAGUUUUACUAAAUCCAGGUUUCCUGGAGUAUCUCCCUCUGCAGUGGGUUAUUCUUUUAUUGUGAUCAGUUUACUUUCACUGAUUUAAUAUUUUCGUAGCAGGGUUCUUUUUUAC